UAUUUAAUCGAUCCAUGGAGCAACAAACAUUGUUGACAAUAAAUUUAGUGUCUUCGUUGUGCAACAAAAAAUUAAUGGUUAUAACGAUUAUGAUAUAAUUAUAUUUUGAUUAGAGUUCUUUAUGUAUUCCAUAAAUGGUUGAAAGUGGUGUUAAAUACAAAAAGUUAAAGUAUACUUGCUUACCAAAAACAAAAACUAUUUUCCUCUAUUGGAAUGUUUAAAUAUCAAGAGUUUAAUGAUUUCCAUCGAACCUUUUCAUUAUUUGUUUGAAGAAAUAAUUUAGAGAAUUAAAAAUAUGCACGUAUAAAAGUUAAUUUUUUGGAGAAGAGUAAUUGAAAUGUAAGGUUAUACACUAUGCCUGGUGGACGACGUAAUGCUGCUACUCGGAAUGGUCAGACUAAAUCUCAGACCAGUUUUUCUGGAACUACAAAUGUUGUUACAAGAAGCAAUAGUGGAGACAGAGUAGUUGUAGAUGAUAAAAAGACAGACGAAUUUUGUGGACUAAAAACAUUGAUACCAAAGCAUGUACCUAUACCAGUUGUACCUAUAGAUGGCCACCUAACUUUUGAAGCUUUGUCUUUGAUUGUAUCAAUUAUUGCAGCUUCUCUACAAAUGCUUAAUUUAUAUAGAACUGUGUGGUGGUUACCUCAUUCUUAUAACAACUAUAGUAUGAAUUUUUACCUAGUAGAUCCUUAUCUACUCAUAUUCAUUGUAACUAUGGUUGCACGUCAAUUUAUUUAUUCUUUACUGCGUCGGUGUAUUGAUAUUUCAUCUCCAGUGCGUUGGUUGUCUGCUGCUCAAAAAAUUAUGAGGAUAACUCUCUUAAUUGUUGUGAUGAGUGUACUUUGUUGGUGUCUUUACCACAUGGCUGAAAGGCAUAAUUCUAUGAAGAUUUUCUAUUUAUGCUAUCCAAGUUUAUCUUUGUAUUUCGUAAUGUUUGGUGUAAGUGUAGUACCCUUCUUUGAUAUAUCACCAGCACCUUUAUAUAAUAAAGAUGAGAAAAAAACAAAGUUUCUUUUGGAUAAGCCUCUACAUAAUUGCUCGUUAAAUGCAUCAGCUAUUAGAGCAGAAGUUUCUACCUUGAGAUCCGAUUUCAAUCGUCGUCUGAAACGAGCUUUAUUUGCAUCUUCUAGUAGUGCUUACGUAUGUGGUAUUACACCGAUUAUAUUCGUACCGCAACAUUUACAUUUUAAUGUUUCAUGGGUUGUGCAACAUGUCAUUAUGUUCUGGCUUGGAAGAAUAAGUGCUCACUUUUCUCAAGCUUAUCCAGUUAGGUACUGUGAUGUCUUGCAUAGAGCAGCGUUACAUCUAGGCCGUUGGGUUAAGAUUGAAAAUCGUAAUAAUCACACCUACGCGCAAGCAUGGAACGAUUCAGUUUUAUGGCCCCACGGCUCGAUAGUGAGGCACAAUAAGGAAAUUUACCGUUCGGAAGGUUUAUGUACAGUGGCGGAACCAGGAAAUUCAAAUCACUACAGAUUUUAUGCUUUAUUCAGUAAUCCCACGAUGCUGCUUUGUUCGUUGCUGGGCUUGCAGCUGCUUCUUGUGGGUGUCCAGCUGUUCAUUUUACUACGUACAACCGAUUGGUACCAAGUACUAUCGAUAACGUUACUUCUCCUGAUCAAUUAUUAUACUUUAUUUAAAAUAAUUCGGGAUUAUCUUAUUUGUUCGAAAGUGUAUCACGCUGAGCAAAUAAUACAAGAGAAAUCUCAAAUAUGUUCAAAUUCUGCUAUUCAAUAAAUAAAUG